CCUGCUGUACUAGUGGGAAACGGGGGCGACGGGUAGACUGUUCAAUGAAGGAAACAAUGGGAUGCUCGAGGGUUGCAGGAACAAAUUGCGGGCGCAGUAGUACACUAUUGGGCUGCGAUCACACAGUAUUGGAGAUGCGCCGACGUGUAAUGACGUCACGGGAGAACGGAUGGAAGCAAUUUCGUGGACCACUUUGCCUCAUAAUAAUCGAGAGAUGGCGUCCUGUACCCAGUGAAUAAGCAAAAAUUAUCUUAAAGAAUUGACGAAGAGAUACUCUAAUGGCAUUUAUCAUUAGGCUACGAAAACUGUUGAAGUAGGCUAAUAAUAACAAUAAUAUUUCACUGAUAGAAAGAGCAUUUAUUUUGGUGCUGUUCUGCGAUAGCCUAUUCCACCUGGUUUCCCCAGAUUUAACAGGGGGUGGGUUCCGCGGCGUUUGUUUCAGCAUCCUCCAGCCUCCGCCUCUGUGUAGGCUAUCCAACGCGAGGACGGCGAAACUGGAGACAGGGAGAGAGGGCGAUGGCUGCCGGUGGAGGAUGCGGGGAGACUGUGGAUCAGUACCGGGCGGAGGUCGAGCGGCUCACCCAGGAACUUGCGGAUGCGAACAGAGAGAAGAUCAGGGCGGCAGAAUGCGGUCUUGUUGUGUUGGAAGAGAACCAGACUUUGAAGCAGCAGUAUGCCGAUUUGGAAUCGGAGCAGGAGACGUUGAAGCAGGAGUUGGAACAAUUACAAGAGGCGUUUGGCCAGGCCUACUCCAACCAGCGUAAAGUGGCGGAGGACGGCGAGAGCAACGAGGAGUCACUGCUGCAGGAGUCAGCGUCUAAGGAGGCCUACUACAUGGGCCGGCUGCUGGAGUUGCAGACUGAGCUGAAGCUGAGCCGCUCGGUGGCGUCCAACGCGUCCAACGAGAGCGAGAGGCUCAACGCCGUGCUGCAGGAGAACAGCGAAAGUAAUGAGGUGCUGGAGUUGCAGCGGAGCCGGAUGAGGGAGGAGAUCAGGGAGUGUAAAUUCAGAGAGGCCCGUCUCCUACAGGACUACACCGAGCUGGAGGAGGAGAACAUCACCCUCCAGAAACUAGUGUCCACACUCAAACAGAACCAGGUGGAGUAUGAGGGUCUGAAGCAUGAGAUCAAGGUUCUGGAGGAGGAGACUGUGCUGCUGAACAGCCAGCUGGAGGAUGCUCUGCGUCUGAAGGACAUCUCUCAGUCCCAGCUAGAGGAGGCCCUGGAUGCCCUGAAGAUCGAGAGGGAGCAGAAGAACAGCCUGAGGAAGGAGCUGGCCCACCACAUCACCCUCAGUGACAGUGUGUAUGGGGCCGGAGCCCACCUGGCACUCACCGCCACGGUCGACGGGCUCAAGUUCGCCACAGAAGAGGUUGGGAGUAAUGGUACAGCCAUGCCCAAUGGCACCAAUGGGAAUGAGGAUAGCAACAGCGACUGUAACGGCCACCUGGGACUGGUUAAGGUGAACGGCGACUACCGGCUGCCCAGGAAGGGGGAAGGGCUGCACGGUCCUGUGUCAGACCUCUUCAGCGAGCUCAACCUGUCUGAGAUACAGAAACUCAAACAGCAGCUCCUUCAGGUGGAGCGUGAGAAGUCCAGCCUCCUGAUGAACCUGCAGGAGGCCCAGACCCAGCUGCAGCACACGCAGGGGGCCCUGACCGAGCAGCACGAGUGUGUCCACCGCCUCACCGAGCGCUUCAACGCUAUGAAGCGCCUCCACAGUGACAAGGAGAUGGCCGACGCCCAGGAGUCCGAGACGCACGACGGGUUGCCCGCACCCGGUCGCCACGACUACGUGGUGAACAUCCACGGGAUGGAGAUUCUGGAGUGUAAGUACAAGGUGGCGGUAACCGAGGUGAUCGACCUAAAGGCGGAGCUAAAAGCUCUGAAGGAGAAAUCUAACCAUUGUGUGGAGGGCCAGGGGGAGGAGUGGAGCAGCAGCGAUGGGAAGGUCCAAGCUCUGGACGAGCAGGUCAAACGGCUGGAGAAGAGCUGCCGCGAGGCCCGCGAUAAGGUGGCGCGUUUGGAGGCGGAACUACAGGCGGUGACGGGCGUGGCCACGGAGAGCCACGACAUGCUGAACAGGGCGCAGGACGAGCUGGUGACAUUCAGCGAGGAGCUGGCCCAGCUCUACCACCACGUGUGUCUCUGCAACAAUGAGACGCCCAACCGCGUCAUGCUGGACUACUACCGUCAGAGCCGUAACACCCGCAGCGGCAGCCUUAAGGGCUCUGAGGACCCCCGGGCACUACUCUCCCCCCGCCUGGCUAGACGCCUCGCCGCCGUGAACGCUGGGCUCUCAGAGGCCCCCCGGAGCCCCAUGGACUCGCCCUCCAAAGACCCCCCCAGUGGGGACAACGGAACAACAGGGAGGGAGUCCCCAGCACCAGGAAGUCAGGGGAACCCCAUCUGCACCCCCAUUGGCUCCCCGGUCAUCAACAGCUCCAACGGCUCUCCCUCCUCCUCUUCCGUCCCUCCCGAGGUGGGCGGAGACCUGCGUAAGGAGCCCAUGAACAUCUACAACCUGAACGCCAUCAUCAGGGAUCAGAUCAAACACCUGCAGAGAGCCGUGGACCGCUCCCUCCAGCUGUCUCGACAGAGGGCAGCCGCCCGGGAGCUGGCCCCCUUGUUCGACAAGGACAAGGAGGCCUGCAUGGAGGAAAUCCUCAAGCUCAAGUCCCUCCUCAGCACCAAGAGGGAGCAGAUUGCCACGCUCAGGCUGGUGCUCAAAGCCAACAAACAGACUGCAGAGGGGGCGCUGGCUAAUCUAAAGAGCAAGUAUGAGAAUGAGAAGUGCAUGGUGACAGAGACCAUGAUGAAGCUGAGGAACGAGCUGAAGGCUCUGAAGGAGGACGCCGCCACCUUCUCCUCUCUCAGGGCCAUGUUCGCCACCAGGUGUGAUGAGUAUGUGACUCAGCUGGAUGAGAUGCAGAGACAGCUGGCUGCGGCGGAGGAUGAGAAGAAGACCCUGAACUCCCUGCUCCGUAUGGCCAUCCAACAGAAGCUGGCCCUGACCCAACGCCUGGAGGACCUGGAGUUUGACACCGAGCAGACCCGGGACCGCGGCCGCGGCGCCAAGGUGCCCAAGAUCAAGAGCAGCACGCCCAAAGUAAGUCGACGAGCCGCCCUCACAGCUCCCCCCAGCCCCACCAUGAUACACAGCCCUUCUUCCACCUGCUCCCACACCUUCAACACCACCCUGACCCUCUGCAGCCCUCCCUCCCUGGAGCUGCCCCUGUCCUCCAACCCCUGGUCAGCCUCAGACGGAGGCACUUCCCAGACCUCAUCCCUGGUCUCCUCUCUGCCUCCCCUGGGUCACCCCCAGUGGUCCCUGGGCACUCAGACCUUCAUCAUUGACCCAGAGUCGCUGAGUUUAGAGUGCUGUCGACUCGUUAACAGUCGAGACUCCAGUCCGCACUCUCCUAGCUCCGCCCCCGUGUCUCCUUACCGCUCACCCAUUCCUAAGACUUGGCAACACUUGUCGCCGGGGUCGGUCAGAACUCGUACCCAAAAAGAUGCACCUCGCCCCUCUGCUCUGGUCACAUCUCCCAGCAACCCAGUCCCUCACGCCUACAGUUCCAAGAUGCCCUAGCCCUAGUCCAAGUGGGUGGGUGGGACACAGGGAGGAGGACAGACUGGUUUCCUGUUUCCAGUGUCUGGCUUGACCUAUGACUAUGCAGUACUGUGACAUUCUUCUCAGGAAUUGGCUAUGAGAAGGAGCCCAACACAGCUCGUUCCAUCUGCAGACAAUAAUCAAGUCUGUUAAUAGUUUUGGGCUCAUUUCUGUAGAUGAAGGGAUUUAGGGAAGAAAUGAAAUAUAUGUUAGAAAUAUACCAGUAAAUGUGACAUUUUUAUGACAAAUAAAGUUGAGUUUUAGUAA